AUGGCGAUACCGAGCUCGCCAGGACCGUCGUUGCAACAUGGGACUUGGAGCGAAGAAGCCCUGCCGAAAGGCCGCUAUGUGUUGCAAUUCAUCCAGACUGCGGCGCCAAUUGUGCUCCUCUUGGUCUUCAUCGGUGCUUUCGUGGCCAGCUCCAUCAUCUCCGCGAGGCGCUUGACUCCCAAUGACAACAAGGCCGCCUACGGUCCCGGUGGCCGACCCCUGCCGAAACGGACCAGAAGCACCAUGACCGUAUUGAGAGACCGACAAGAGAUUUCUCCCCAAUUCAGCCUCGUCUUUCAAUGGCUCGCAGUAGCCGUGCUAUUGACCUACCUUGUAGAUACAGCUAUUAAUGUAUCCCAUGCUAUAAUUUAUCGUUCAGAGCAUUGGUGGUGCGGCCAAUCUACUGUGAUUUACCUCGUCGGCUGCUUUUUCGUUCAUGCUCUCAUUCUGAUUUCCCUCGUGGACACCAAGCCAUCGCCAACUUGCGCCCAGUUCGUCCCAUGGGUGGUGGCCAUCUGCAUUGACCUCGUCAUCUGCGGAAUAUGGCUAGACAUAUACACAAAUCCACAUCAUGAGCCCACCGUGGGCGAUCCCCAGGGUGGCCCUUUUCGACAAUCCAUGACCGGGUGGGAAAUUGCUGAUGUGGUUUCGAUUGCGAUCCGCACAUUCAUUCUCGCAGCCAUCCUUUUCCUCUACAUUGUCUCCACAAAUCGAAAAUUCAACCGCCGGAAGGCGGAUCCACGCCUAGCAGGCAAUUGUUCAGAAACAACCGGUCUACUACAUCCAUCGUCCGCCGAAGCAGAUGUAGCCAAUGGGUCUGGAUAUGGUGCUCUGCAUACAAAUGGUCACGCAUCGCCAUCCCAAAAACCUGUUGAUCCUUGGGUUCGGCCGACUACUAUACCUUCAACAAGCUGGUGGGAAUAUCUUAGCGGCUAUUCCCUGUUUUUCCCCUAUCUUUGGCCUUCGAAGUCUCGCCGACUUCAGGUGGUAGUCGUCAUUUGUUUCGUUCUCAUCCUUCUACAGCGCGUUGUCAACGUUUUAGUCCCCAUCCAAGUUGGCCGGAUAACCGAUAUUCUAUCAGACGCCGAAGGUGAAGAUCUGCGAAUCCCAUGGUUUCAAAUCUGUCUUUACAUAUUCUACCGUUGGCUGCAAGGCAACCAGGGCCUUAUCGGGUCCCUGCGAUCCAGUUUGUGGAUCCCAGUUGGCCAGUAUUCCUACAUGGAGCUAUCAACUGCGGCCUUUGAGCAUGUUCACAGCCUCAGCUUGGAUUUUCACCUGGGGAAAAAGACUGGAGAAGUGUUGUCAGCGUUGAGCAAGGGAAACUCUAUUAAUACCUUUCUUGAACAAGUGACAUUCCAGGUGGUGCCUAUGCUGAUUGACCUGUGUGUCGCAAUUGGGUAUUUUUUGUUGGCUUUUGAUGCAUACUACGCUCUAAUAGUGGCUAUUGUUACAUUCUGUUAUCUCUAUGUUACCAUUCGAAUGGCGCAAUGGCGAGCCGAAAUAAGGCGCCAGAUGGUCAAUGCUUCUCGACAGGAGGAUGCUGUCAAGAAUGACUCGAUGGUCUCUUACGAAACUGUGAAGUAUUUUAAUGCCGAAUCAUACGAGUUCAACCGCUAUCGCACUGCUGUCGGCGACUUUCAAAGAGCGGAGUACCAUGUCCUUUUCUCCCUUACCUUGAUGAACACUUGUCAGAAUACUGUGUUCAUGCUGGGUCUACUUAUUACAUGUUUCAUUGCAGCCUAUCAGGUUUCCACCGGCGAACGCUCCGUGGGCGAAUUUGUCAUCCUUUUGACUUAUAUGGCGCAACUUCAAGGACCGUUGAACUUUUUUGGCACCUUUUAUAGAUCUAUUCAGUCAGCCUUGAUCAAUUCCGAGCGCAUGUUGGAAUUGUUCCGAGAGCAACCCACUGUCACCGACCUCCCCCAUGCUUCGCCCAUUCACCGCUGUGCAGGAGACAUUGUCUUUGAUAAUGUGGAGUUCUCAUAUGAUGCCCGAAAGCCAGCCCUCAACGGGCUUACAUUUCAUUGCCGACCUGGUACAACAACCGCUCUCGUGGGCGAAUCUGGGGGUGGAAAAUCGACAGUGUUUCGACUACUUUUCCGCUUUUACAAUGCCACUCGAGGCAACAUUCGUAUUGAUGGUCUCGAUGUUCAAGAUGUGACUAUCGACUCGUUGCGUCGACACGUCGGUGUGGUACCGCAAGACACUGUCUUAUUCAACGAAACUUUGAUGUACAAUUUGAAAUACGCAUCUCCUCAUGCAACUGAUGAGGAUGUAUACGAGGCCUGCCGUGCCGCUAGUAUUCAUGACAAAAUCAUGACAUUCCCGGACGGCUAUCAAACGAAGGUCGGAGAGCGCGGCUUGCGGUUGAGUGGAGGAGAAAAGCAACGUGUAGCCAUCGCUCGUACAAUCUUGAAAGAUCCUCGGAUCAUUCUGCUGGAUGAAGCAACGGCUGCUCUUGACACAGCAACUGAGGAGCACAUCCAAGGCGCAUUUUCAACGCUUUCCCGAGGACGCACCAUGCUUGUUAUUGCUCAUCGAUUGAGUACCAUCACCACUGCGGACCAAAUUCUAGUCUUAAAUGAUGGCCAAGUCGCUGAACGUGGUACUCACGAGGAAUUACUAGCGAUGAAAGGCCGUUAUGCGAGUAUGUGGCGCAAGCAAAUCAAAGCCCAGAAGGCUGCAGCUGAGGCCCAAGUACUCCAAGACCGAGCCCAACGUCUUCGGAGCGCAUCUACCAGUGCAACCGCUGCCGACGAUAGUUCUAGUCAGUCGGAAGAAGAACGGAAUGCCAAAUCUGGCUCGGCCGGAAACCGGGAAUCUUCCUCUCGAGUUUCGAGCCGAGCUGGUGAUUCCCACGAUAAAGCUAGUCACGGACGGCCUUCAUAA